AUGAACCUUUUAUCAUGGAGAAAGAAGAAUGCUGGCAAUAGCUCUACCACUACGUUGAACAACGAAAAUCAUAAGGACGCAUUGUUCAAGGAUAGUAACCUUCGAUCCGUCGAAAACUUGACAGGGCAUAUGGAUCAAAAUCCUCGAAUACUAGAAAGCCAAUUUGGCGAGAGUUUCACGCUGCGAGGAAACCUACUACAAAGUUUAACAGGACCUAAACUUCUUGGAAUUGGGCCUCCGGAUAUGGUACACGUUACGAAAUACGACAAAUUCCGGCAAAUGGAAAUCGGUGAAUAUCACUAUUUGACAGGGCUCGAUACAUCUAGUGAAGCGGCACCAAUUGCAUAUCUAAAUGCAUUAAAGUUAAGCGAUGGACGGCAGACGGCACCUUCUAGUGCUUCGAGCUCUAAAAAUGGACAUAGAGUCAUGACCUAUUGCACUACUAAUGUGUUCAGCAAUGUCGAUAUCCGAAUUAGGUAUGAAUCGCCUACGCAUUUUCAGGUAAUUGCAGUCGACGCUCUGUCAGGUUCUUCAAACAUCCAGGUUUCGUCUAAACUUUGGGAAGAAACAUUUGUGAGCAGUUUUGUACGUGCUGUGGUGAUCAAUACCGAUCGAGAAAGGAAACUUCCGGGCCUUGUGGAGCUUUCAAUUGCGCUAGAGAAUGGAGGGUUUUAUGCUGAAAAAUGUACCGCGUUGCUUUGUGAGUUUUUGCCGCGUGGCCCAGAAUUGGGUUGCGAUUUGGCUCGACACAGCUAUGUGUCUUACAAGAAUAACUACUUAAUUGAAUCAUUAUUGACAUUUUUGCAGAUAGCAGGAAAACUCAACGGGCCGGUCAUCGAAAUGCUACAGAAACUAAUCGAGACGGAUGCACCAAAUGAACAAUGCUACAGGACAGCACUAACGUCAGUGCUGAUCAACAGUGAAGCUCAUGAUUCCUUGGCCAUCAGGACUUUGAAUGAAAGCAUGUCAAGUUUGUUCGCGACUGGCGCAUCUAGAUUAGAACAAGACCAACUUACCUAUGUUUCCGAUCUUUUAAAUUUGCAAAUUGAAUUCCUUCUCUGUAAAGGUGACUUUCAACUAGCAUUGCCAUUGGCCAAGAGGUCUACUGCUGUAUGUUCUGAUAAUUUCGAAGGAUGGGUGAAACUGGCAAGAUGCUACGUCUUGUCUGGAGACUUUAAAAAUGCUCUUUUGGCAAUCAAUUCUCUGCCUAUGCUGCCAUCUUCAGACCCAUCCCGAGAAGCCUUAUGGCAGAAACUUUUCGAAAACAAUUUCUAUUAUUACAAACCACUCGGUACGGGUCCGCGCUCUUAUCUGCAAUCGAGCGAGUACAAUUUUCUGUCCAACACUCUAAAGGUUGUGAAGGACCAUGACCUGAGUUCGAUGAUCUACGGGCGGAUUGUAAUGCCGCCUCAGAUGAACCGCGGUUGUAUCAAUGAAAUUUGGGAUGGUCCCUGCUCAGCCCUGGGUCCUAUUUAUGGUCCACAGAGUAAAAACCUGAUUAAUUUCGUGUCCCCACAGGAGGUGGCCUCACUAGAGGAUUCAGAUCUGCUGAGAAGAAACACAAUGGCCUCACAGCUCAGCUGGUCGCUGUCGUGCGCAUAUGAGGUUCUCAUGAGCGUGGUGGCAGAUAUUGGGUGGAACAAACUGCUGGAGCUGCGUUCGGAGAUCUUUGUUAUGGAGCGAGAGCGCUCUGAAGAGUUCACUCCUACGCUCCGAUCAGAUUUCAAGACCAAACGUUUGUGUGAGAAGUGGUUAGAUGACCUCUUCUUGGGUCUAUAUGAGGACCUUAAGAUCACGUACAACGCUCAAGAACAUCGCGAAGAAAAGUAUAGCGGCUUAGAAUGGGAACUGCUUGGACUUACACAUCUUCGCACCUGGAACUGGACCGAUGCUGUACCGUGUUUACGGACCAGCGUCAUGGCCCGAUUUGACGUUGUCAGUGCAGAUGCUCUGCUCGAUCUGUUUCUGAGCCGCAAGCAUCCCGUUUCCGAAGUACUGGAUCCAGAUGUUUUGCUGGCUCUGGUUGUCGACAAGAUCAGUUACGAUAGUCGUUUCUACAACUACUUACAGUUGCCAGCCCUGCACGUAUUGACCCAACUUUGCACGCUUUCCGGAUUGGAUAACGUGAGAAACCGAGUUUAUGCACUUCCUAAUACACAAAGAGGGAUAGUUGCUUUAAUGGAUAAGCUACUGGACUACAUCUCUGAAUUGAAUGGCUAA